UGCGUUAUAAUAUUUUUGAAAACUUCGGUUUAUUGAAUAAAAAGAGAAAAGAGAAUUCAAUUAUAUUAAAGCUAUAGAAAAUAGAAAUGGCCUUUAGUGAAAUUUGUAGAAUUUGUUUAAGCGUUAAUGUACGCAUGUUUGUUCUGAAGGAGACUGGCCUCAAAAAUUUAUAUAAAACAUUGACGAAUAGAUUUAUGGAUGAGAGGCCCAUUAUUGUCUGUUUCACCUGUCAUGCAAGACUCAAUCGGUGCAGAAGAUUACAACAACAGGCUAUUGAGUCAAAUGCAUUUCUGGAGCAAUUGCUUGCAGGAGGGUCCACGUCAAUACCAAAACCGCAUGAUGCUAGAGAUGAGAUUCAACUCUCACCAAUUUAUUAUAUAGAUAUCAGGCCAGUUGAGUGUGAUAUAGAAAGUGAUUGUAAGGACGAAAUUAUUAGCCUUGAAACUGUUAAAGUUGAAGAACAGAAUUUCGAAAUAGAGAAUUCCAAAUUUGAAGAUAAUGGGAAUCAUGAAACAGAGAGUGCUGAAAAAGCAGAAGACUUGGAGAUUGAUGCUUUUGAAGAUAUACAUACGGAUUCAGAGAAUGAUUUGUCACUAAAUGCAUUUGGUUCAAUGAGUAAAGAGAAAUCUAAGACUGUAAAAUUACAAAAGAAGUGCAAAAAUGAUAAAAAAGAUGACUAUGACACAGAACAAUACAUCACACCGACAAAUAACUUUUCAGUACCGUCUGAGAAAAAGAUUAAAUCAAAUUCUACUGAUAGUAAUAUAAACGAUGUACGUAAAGAAAACUUUGUUUUUGAAAGCCCUACUAUUAAAUUAAACCCUAAAGUGCAAAAAGAUACUAAAGAAGGAAAGCAUCCUCCAAAGAUUAUGAAAAAGAAAAUUUUAAAACAAACGAGUGUAAAUAUACUUACGAAAAGAAGAUCAGGGGCAUCGAAAAAAUACAUUUUUGAAUGUGAUGGUUGUAGCAAAAUUUUUUUAACAAAAGACAUUCUCGCCAAACAUAUUUUAUACAGUCAUAAGACGCUAAAGAACUCAGACACCACUGCAGUUCAGACACAAGUUGAACAAAUUUCAGUACCACAACUAACGGAAAUAUUUAAUUGUGAUAUUUGCGAAUUUAAAACUUCUCAAAAACGUUACAUUUUGGCACAUUUUAAAGCGCACGUUGCUAAACAAGUGUACUGUUGUAAUAAUUGUGAUUAUAAAUGUGCAAGAAAAAGCAGUUUGAUAUACCAUAUUAUGAAAGUACACACUGGAGAAAAACCUUUUUCAUGUGAUAUCUGUAAAUAUAAAUGUGUAAAAAAAGCUCAUUUGAAAGAGCACUUAAAAAUACACACCGGAGAAAAACCUUUUUCGUGUAAUAUCUGUGAAUAUAAAUGUAUACAAAAAAGUAAUUUGCAAACACAUAUGAAAAUACAUACUGGAGUAAAACCUUUUUCGUGUAAUAUCUGUGAAUAUAAAUGUAUUACAAAAGAUAAUUUGCAAACACAUAUGAAAAUACAUACCGGAGAAAAAGCUUAUUCAUGUAAUAUCUGUGAAUAUAAAUUUACUACAAAAAGUAAUUUGCAAAGGCAUAUGAAAAUACACACCGGAGAAAAACCUUUUUUGUGUAAUGUCUGUGAAUUUAGAUGUAUAAGAAAAAAUCAAUUGCAAAAUCAUUUAAAAAUACACACUGGAGCAAAGCCUUUUUCGUGUAAUGUCUGUGAAUAUAAAUGUAUUACAAAAAGUAAUUUGCAAAGGCAUAUGAAAAUACACACAUUAGAAAAAUCUUUUUCGUGUAAUAUCUGUGAAUUUAGAUGUAUAAGAAAAAAUGAAUUGCAAAAUCAUUUAAAAGUACACACUGAAGUAAAACCUUUUUCGUGAGAUAUCUGGUAAAAUAUAUACAAUAUUAUGUAAACGUAUUUUAUAUAAAUAUAAAAGUGUACCAGAAAAAAAAACAAUUUUUAUGAAUUUUGUAUAAAAUUUUAGAACGAGUAGAAAAACCUUUUCGUGCCUUAUGUGCCAAUUGAAACUGCAUUUAUUCUGAAGAAGCUAAUUCAAAAACCAAAACAUCAACCAAACAAAAUCUAAGCUUGAUAUAUUUACCACAUGGGAGAUCCACUCCGGCUUGAAACUAUUCAAGUGUGAUGUUGCGAGAAAUGCUUUAAGGAUCUCCAUGAGAAGCGGCUCCACUUUACAUACGUUCAUUUGAAAAAGCCGUGGCUGAAACACACGAGAAAGAAGUCGACGAAGUCGCGACAGAUGUCAUCAACAGCAGAUGCUUGGAUAAAUAUAGAAUUUUAACAUCAGUGUUUAGAAUUUUCCAGCGCCCAAUUGAUUUAAACCCUAGUACUGUAUCAGAAAUUACAAUGACCUAUAUACUAUUACAUAAUUGCCUCAAGAAAAAAAACUCCAGAAAGAUAUACUCCCCUAGGAACGUUUGAUGUACUUGAUAGUAAUGGCAAUCUAGUAACACUUGGAUCUUGGCGAAGACACGAACCUGAAUAUAUUGCAUUUUGAGAAUAUGUUAAACAUAACCUGUAGAGAUCACCCAUGUAUGCCAAACAGAUUAGAAGAAGAAUUUACUUUAUAUUUUUGUAGGUCACGAUAGUAUGUUAAUAAUUGGCAUAUAUACCCAAUAGGUACUUAUUAAUCUGUGGAAUACGUUGUAGUACAUAGAAAAUAUUAGUUCAUAUUAGGUAGUAACGAAAGUUAGAUUAAUGUAUAUCAGUUAUAUUUUUAUAUACUAAGAAUUGUGUUAAGAAUAAAUAAAACCGUGAUG